GUGGAUGAGUUCCUCUUCCUGAUGGCUUCUUUUCAGGUUGAAGAGAAAUGGAUGGAUGCAUCAUUUCAGAUUUGGGGAUUGGUAUAAUACGCAUAGAGACAAGGAGGAACCAUGCAGGCAGAAGGUACUAGCAUGUGGUGGUGGUAGGAGAAGCCUGCAGAGGAACCAUGGGAGCAGCUCUGAGCUGGUUUGCUGCACGUAUUUGUGCAGCAGUUCUGAGCACUAGUGAUGCACUGAGAAUCUGGAGAUCCCAUGAGACCCUCAGAGGGCCGCUAAGCCUUGGUGAACAGCUGGCCCUGAAGGAGGGGUGUUAUUCUCUGGACCGAUGUGAGAGAAGCAUAGAGGAAGGCGGCACAUUUAAGGAAAAUGUUGACUCCUUCAGAGGGUACUGUGUUAGCUUGUUAGGAGAGACCUACCCUCAAAGGAGAGAGUCAGUUUUAGUCAGAACCAGCUACAUAGAAGCAACAGAGACUUAUGCAAGGCGGUCAAGUUGUAGCAGAAGGAGAAGCCCAGAUAUAGAGGCUAAUAUUUCCUUCAAGCUCCUCCUGAGGCCAGAAAUAUUUGAUGGCAAUGUUAAACGUCUGCAGGAGGCUCCAAGUCUUACAAUGCAUGAGCAUCCUGUAGAAAGCAAUCUCCGUCCUUUGGAUGGAGAUCAUCACUCAGAGACCUGCACUGUACCAAUAGAUCCAACCAAGGACAACAUUAGGGACACAAAGAAAAAGCAAAUCUCGCCUAAUCACAAAUCAUGGCCUCUCAUCAGAGAGAUAGAUCUGAAAAUUCCCAGGAUGAAACAUGACGAGGCGUCUAAAAUGUUGGAUGGUGAGAACAGAAACGUGUUCAGCAGCUUCUACCAGGACAAAAACUCUGCCUUAGAAAGAUGCAACAGUUCUGGAGGCAAAACCCUUUCUGUGGAGAAUAAAAUGGUGGAGGAUUAUAAAGACAAAACAGAUCAAUGUUUUACAAAGUUUGAUCAUGUAACAGAAUGUGACAGAAUGAAUAUAUUCACAGUCUGUCAACCCCUUAAAGAAGGUGGUUCUAUGAGCCUAAAGACCCCAGAGGUACCUGGCACAAAGACGAACACAAAAAGGCAGAAAGAAGAGGUUCAGGUGCUGGAGGAUGUCUGUGGCUCACACACAGUGACCCUGCCAACAACAUGCGGGUCAGAUCCGUGUCUCCCAGAAGAGCCAGAACCCGCCCCACUGAAUGACACCUCAUCUACAGAGAGAACAUCCUCUCCUCCACAUGUAGCUCAGAAGGUUUCUCAGGAUGACCCACCUCCUUCAAUGUCCAUGGGGGAGGAACUCCUUGAGGAGGAGACAGGCUCUGAUUCAUGCUUAGAGCAGGAGGCUGCAGAGGAUGAUCAGCCCUAUAGCCUUUCAACUUGGACAACAGUAGUCAUCGGUAAGGAUCUGUUGGUAUGCCGGAGCCAUUCCUAUGACAACCGGAUUAGUUUGUCUGACAUCCGAGAAAUGGAGGAACCUCCCUCGCUGUUCUCUGGAGCUUUCAGUGUUGGGUCUUUCAUUAGACAAGAACCAGUUCCUCAGAGGGAGGAAGAGAUCAGUGGUCACUGUCAUCUGUACAGAAGCCCAGCUGGUUUGGAUACCGUGGGUGAAGGUGUGGUCUCUAAUGAACCAGAUACCCCAGAGAGUUCAGAGUCUGAGAGUCAGCUGAAGGAAGCAGAGUGCUCUAUGGGUUUGCCAUCUCACAGGAGCCUUUACCAAACAACAGAGAACUUCUCAGCCUCAUCUGAUGAUGGACCAGCUCAGAACCAAGAGAAGACACAUUCAACCUCACCACCAGAAGUCAACACGCUUAAGCAUCCAUGUUCUGUUAUGGGCCUCAGUCUGCCUGCUAGCAUCAGUGCGUGCCCAGGAUACCUGAUAUCCUCUGAGGGACUGAUAGACGCUUCACCCCUUUUAGGAGACAUCCACUGCUCUCGUCUCCUAAACCACCCGACUGGGUUGAAAAAGGCAGAGCUGGAGUCAGAGAUGAGGCCUGGUCUCCAGGGAGACCGUAUGCCUUCCCCGGUCAGUGAGGGAGAGAGGACGGACUGCACUUCUAGCCAACCUGUUGUAGACGAUUCCAGUCUGUCCUCAUCAACCAUAGGAAGUCAUCAGCAUUGGUCCGGUCAGUCCAGGCUCCAGCCAGGAGCCUUUCACGGUGUGACUGAGAGUCCUCUGAGUCCAGACAGCCCAAAGACUAACAGCCGAAGGCUGGUAGCUCCUUCCUCUCACUGCACCAGAGCCAAUCUGAGAGGUCCAUCAGCCGUUGUGGUGCAACGGACACGCCUUCCUCAACGACCCAAGAGCCUCAAACCAGCUGUUAGGCCUCUGGCUCUGGGGUUCAGACUUCUGAAGGGAACCAGAAGGUGGACAGACAGUCAGUGCCACAUCUGCCUCUACGACGGCGGCUCCAUCCAUCAGCUGCAGGCAGUCUCCAUGGAGCACAGCGGGGCGUUCUGGGGGAGGUCUCUGCAGAACCACUGCUUCUCUCACAGCACCCCCACUGAUCUGGACUGCCUGGGCUGGACGAAGCACGUCUCCUCCCUCUCACUGGUUGUUCCCGACGGCACGUCUGAAAAGUCGGGCCUUGGAGACGAACUGGGCGCUGAGGAGGAUUUCCUGUACGAGGAGUUCCGUUCUUCUGGACAUCGGUUUGGGCAGCCGGGUGGAGGCGGAGGGGAGCAGCUGGCCAUUAAUGAGCUGAUCAGCGACGGCAGCGUGGUGUACGCCGAAGCCCUGUGGGACCACGUCACCAUGGACAUCCAGGAGCUAGGCUUCAAGGUCGGUGAUGUCAUCGAGGUCAUCGACGCCACAAACAAGGAGUGGUGGUGGGGCCGCAUCGUGGAAAGCGAGGGCUGGUUUCCUGCCAGCUUUGUUCGGCUGCGGGUGAAUCAGGACGAACCCAUGGAGAAGUUCUCCAGCCACCUGGAUGAGGCCCAGUGUGGAGAGCAGGACCUAGCCGCUCUGGGCCGGCUGCUAGGACCUGGAUUACCCUGCAAAGAGGAGAUGAGGGCCAACGUCAUCAACGAGAUCAUGAGCACGGAGCGGGACUACAUCAAGCACCUGAAGGACAUCUGUGAGGGCUACAUCAAACAGUGCCGGAGGAGGACAGACAUGUUCAGUGAGGAGCAGCUUCGGACCAUCUUUGGCAACAUUGAGGACAUCUAUAGGUUCCAGAGGAAGUUCCUGAAGGGCCUGGAAAGAAGGUUUAACCAAGAUCAGCCCCACCUCAGCGAGAUCGGCUGCUGCUUCCUGGAACACCAAACAGAUUUCCAGAUUUACUCCGAGUACUGCAACAACCACCCCAACGCCUGCGUCCAGCUCUCCAGGCUGAUGAAAGUCAACAAGUAUGUGUUUUUCUUCGAGGCCUGUCGGCUGCUACAGAGGAUGAUCCACAUCUCCUUAGAUGGCUUCCUGCUCACCCCGGUGCAGAAGAUCUGCAAGUACCCUCUGCAGCUGGCCGAGCUCCUCAAGUACACCAACCCCCAGCACAGGGACUACCAGGAUGUGGAGGCAGCCUUGGACGCCAUGAAGAACGUGGCCAGGCUCAUCAACGAGAGGAAACGGCGCCUGGAAAACAUUGACAAGAUCGCCCAGUGGCAGAGUUCAAUAGAAGACUGGGAGGGUGAGGACGUUCUGGUCAGAAGCUCUGAGCUCAUCUUCUCUGGGGAGAUGACCAAGCUAUCCCAGCCACAGACCAAGGGCCAGCAGAGGAUGUUCUUCCUCUUUGACCAUCAGAUGGUUUAUUGCAAAAAGGACCUUCUGCGCAGAGACAUCCUGUACUACAAGGGACGCAUGGACAUGGACCUGAUAGAUGUGAUGGACGUGGAGGAUGGCAGAGAGAAGGACUUCAACAUCAGUGUGAAGAACGGUCUGAAGCUGCGGGUCCGGGGCAGCGACGAGGUCCACCUCCUGUGUACCAAGAAACCCGAACAGAAGCAGCGCUGGAUCCGGGCCUUCGCAGAGGAGAGGAAGCAGGUCCACCAGGAUCAGGAGACAGGCUUCUCUCUCACCGAAGUCCAGAAGAAACAAGCCAUGGUGAAUGCCUUCAGAGGUCAUCCAGCAGGGAAACCCAAAGUGACCCGGCCGUAUUGUGACUUCCUGCUACGUCAGAAACAUCCGUCCCUCCCCACCGCCCUGCCCCAGCAGCAGGUCUUCAUGCUGGCCGAGCCAAAGCGCAAAACCACCUUCUGGCAUAACAUAGGUAGACUGACACCUUUCAAGAAAUGAACCAAAGCAGAGAGGAGCUCUCUGCUGGUGCCUGCAUGGACCCUUUCAAUGGUUCCUCUUUUCUUUCCCAUCUAAACCUUUGAUGGCUCAUGGACCGGACAGGUGAAGCUGACUGUGAUGGGAUGGGGGCGGGCUGGUUUGAAAGCACUUUAUUGGUUGGAUAACAAUCAGACAUGGGAGCAGUCUCUGUGGACACUGGUCUAAACAGCAGAGGGAACCGCUCUGCUUCUUUAGACCUUCGACCUCUGCUGGGUGUAAUGGACUUCUGACUGAAAAAGUUUCCUCCACUUCUCUAUGCUUCUGUUCUAUGAUUUGCCAACUUCUUCUUCUGUUAUUAUCUGAUAAUGUGAUAUGGUUGCCUCCAUGUUCAUGCUGGUUCUGUCUGCUUUAAAAGGGAAACAGGUUGUGUUUUUGGAUCCUUUCCAAGUUGUUUUCAGUGUCUUGUGGACUCUGUCUUUGGCUCUUCUUUGGAAGAACGAUGCACCAAACUUGACUCCAGCCAAAGAAGAUAAGGAAAUUCCAUUUCCUCAUCAGACGAAGGUCCGAGGUCCGGAGGAACCAUUAGCGCUUUGCUUCAGUCUGAUGUUUGACUCUCCUCUCGUCUCCCACUGACUGAGAGAAACCAGCCGCUCUGAGCUCCUCUCCAUGCCAUGUUCUGUUGUUUUACACAGUGCCAUCUGAGAUGUGACACACAUAGAUAUAACUAUACUGUGAAGAAGUGUUUUUUAUAACUCUGGUGAGUGCUGAUGUAACCGAGCAGCCUCCUCCUCUUCUGGUUCUUUGAUCUAGCAGUGCUUCUCGUCUCCAGUGUUCCUGCUCCGUGCUGGAGUCUGGCCUCAGAUCAGCACAGCAGCUAUGUCAACAACUUCUACUUUCUGUUCAAAUGUUAUCUGAUAUUAAACAUUCCUUACAGAAA